AUGUUAAGAGCACUGUUUGGCUACGAAAAACACUUUCAGAUGGUUGACGAUGUAUACAAGGGGAGGAGUGGAAGUGAGGAGAAAUUGUCUAAACUCAUAACAUACUUGAAGUCGAGGACAUCCACCAUACCAAGCACACUCGACUACCUGAAGAUAAGGGCAGGAGAGGAGGUAUACAGCACACACAGACUGAAAACUGGAUCGAAAGUCCUAAGACUAAUUAUCGAUCAGUUGAGAGGAGUUUCGAUCUGCUAUGAGUCUCGGAUAAUAAGGAUAUUUGUUGGGGUGAUUCGGGAGAUCCUGCAGCUGAAAAGAAAAGGGGAUUUCGAGUAUUCGGACCAUCAGGAGUUUCUGGAUGUGUUUACGUAUUUCUUUAAGACAGUACCGAUCCGAGCAUACGAGAGUGAGAGGUACAUCCGAAAGAUUCUUUUUAUUGCUACCCAGGCAGCGAAGGAUGUUAAAAAUUCCGAUGGAAUAGCAGAAGGUCUGUCCUUGGAUGAUGAAGCGGAAUACAAUGAAAAGAAUGUACUCGAAACUACCAAUGUCUGGAAAGAUGAGGGGAGGCAGGCAGGGGACUUUAGGAUGCAUGGAGAUGAACAAGGAGGGGAGAUAUCAAAUGCUAGGUUUGAGUAUUUCUUCCUGGAGAUUAUACACACACUUAUGGGGAUGGAGGACAUUCUGAGGAUCGACUAUGAUGAGAAGUACAAAUGGCUUGUAGGAUCUCUCAUGAAGCAUGGAGAAGUGAACAGUUCCAAGAGAAUGGAGAUAUUUAAGGCUGUGGCAGGAAAGGCAAAUAUCAUUAGUGGAAAUAGCCUCAUCUACUAUGUACUGAAGAAUGCAAGUUGGAUGGGGAAGUCCUGUGUGGGAACCCUGACGGAAUAUCUUGGGCCUGAUCUUUAUCCACAGAUAAUUCUUCAGGCCAAUAUGAACAUUUUGGAAAGAGGAAAAAGGGUGCAUAGAGACAAGAAGAUUGGAAGAAGCAAGGCAGUUGGAGAAUGCGAGUUUCUUGUUAGAGAAGCACUAGGUGUUUUGAAUGAAUAUGAAGUGCUGCACUUGAAUCAGAAGGAAAUAGUGGUAAGCUUUUUCAGCAUCCUUGAGAUGUUCUUUUCUAGGGACGAUAGUAAACUUCCAUUCAUUAUUCCUUACGUAAGAAAGUAUUUUGAGAAAUGUAAGCCGAUAUCCGAUGUAUUUUACAGGUUCCUUAAGAAGAUUCUUCAGGACAAAGAAGUUAGCGGGUACACAGAAGACCUCAGGACCACGAUAUUUGAUGAAAUCCAAAGGUAUUUUGUUGUUCAUUCCGAUUGGAUUCCCAAUCCAAAAUUUAUGACGCUCCUCCUGGGAGCGGGAACGGGGGAAUCUGCGGGAUUUUGCUGCAAGAUAUUGUAUCUAGCCAAAGAUUACUUUAUGGGCCGAGCUCUCAAGCCUUUUGUAAAGGAAAGAGUAAUGAGGAGACUCCGUGUGCUCUUCUGUGAAACGGAAAACAGAGACAUACAGUAUCUUCUAAUGGAUCUUGUUGGAGAUGGAGUCUCGAAAGAUAGCCACUACAAGAUUUUGUGUCUCUUCGGGGCUAAGAAGAUUCUGAACGAGGAACUUGUUAAGGAAAUGUACAAGGGCCGGUACUUAAAUGUUUCCGAGGUGCUAUUUGGUGAGUUUGGCUGUGAAGCAUUAGAGCCUUAUGAUUUGGACACCGAAAAGAGAAUGGAAGAGAUAGAGAGCGAGAAAAAGAAAGCCCAAGACUGUGAACUCGAUGUGAAGUUUAGAAGACACACCCGAAUAGCAUUAGUUGAUUACGAAAAGCAUUUCCGAUGA